CCAACUGCCGAUAAGUCCGUCUCCUUCUCUUUCCUCCUAUCCCUUGGGACGAAAAUGCUUCAAGUUUCUCAUAAAGUCCAUUGACUCAGGGUGAGAAGGCACAAUGGCCGAACGCAAGAUGUCAGAGGCAGCGUCCGCGACGAAGAUCCCCAUUCCCGCAGCUUCCUUCCCAACACACAACUCACCUCGCGUCUGGUUCCUCACGUCGUCGCUAUCACCUCUAGCUGUGCGGUUGAUCAGACUCCUACUUGCGCAUGGAGAUUACGUCGCAGCCGGCCUGCCACCCCACGAAAUCGAAGACGAGGACCGAAGUGCAGAGUUCAGAGAACUGAUCAACGAGUGCAAGAGCGGGGGGAGAGAUAGAGAGGGAUGGAAGGACAGGAUACGAGGGAUAAGAUGUGAUGGGCGAGUGAUGGGACAAUGUGGUGCUGCUGUUGCAGAAGCAGUUGAAGUUUUUGGACGGAUUGAUAUUUUGCUUUGCUGCACAUCAGAAGCGGUAGUAGGCACAGUCGAAGAACUCUCCACCAACGCAGCAACCCAAAACCUGGUCCGCGACCAAUUCGAAACAAUAUUUUUCAGCCAAGUGAACUUCAUAAAAGCCACACUCCCCCUUCUAAGAGAAAAGCACACCGGACAUUUGAUAAUCCUGACUGGAAUCGGAGGUCACAUUGGGACACCUGGGACGCCAAUAUACUCGGCCGCGACCUGGGCGCUGGAAGGAUACUGCGACUCCUUGGCAUAUGAAAUCGCGCCCUUUAACAUCAAACUUACGAUCGUGCAACCAAAUAAAGAGAUCUCGGUGCUUACGAAUAAGAUUACCUUUGCACCACAAUUACCCCAAUAUGAAAGCUCGAUUAACCCAGCACCAGGCUUGCGAGACAUCUUAACCAACGUGGUAAAUCUCCACCCCGAAACCCGCAUCAACGACCCCUCACGCCCCUCCUCCUCCAAGAAGAAUAAAAUAGUCUCCCGGUACCCACGCCUGCCCAGUGAAGCUCGAGACCGACUAGUAAUGGAGACAGUACACGCUUUGACAGCAAUAGGGGGUCACGAGAAUCCUCCAGCGAGACAUAUCGUAGGGUUCGAGGGCGUAAACAGCGUGAAAGAGAAGCUGAAGACUGUUAGUGAGGAGCUGGAAGACUUUGUCGAGGUGAGCUGUGCGGUCGAUAUUUUUAAGAGUGAUGUGGGACGGGCUGCGCUGAGCGGUGCGAAGGUGGACGCGCAUGCCGUACCUCUAGGGGCGGGGCCUUCGAGUUGAGGGGGGGGGGAAUAGCAAUUAAAGAGAUAUCAAGAUAUUAAUACAAUAAACCACUGCUGGUUUGGACAUGGAAAUUGAGUGUUCGGGGUUCUUUCCAUAUACGGAUGCCGAAGGUUUUGCGGAGUGAUAAUUCAAAUUUCC